AUGUUGGUGCCAUCUCUCGCGCAGGGAGAUGAUGUUUCACUUGGCUCAUUGCCCGUGGAUUCUGCCCGCGUCAGUGUUGUCCCGCUGAUUCAACCGCGCCACCAGAAGAAACAGCGGUCGUGUCGAUACAUUGAAGUAACGGACUCCGCAGAAGACCGCUUUUCAGCCACCUCAGCACUCCGAGAACAUACAAAAGAACGUCUUACGGUUCAUAAUGGUCCAAUGACUUAUGCACAGGAAAUGUACUUUCACCCGCAUGAGCUGUACAAACAUGGAAAGCAUCAGAUACACACCAGCAGUGUGGGAUACAGCAGCGGAGGCGAUCUUGUGCUCACACGCGAGGCCGUCUCAGAGCCAAGCGAUGUGGAUAUGGGGUUUUUGCGCCGCCGGGCUGAAAUUGAUAGGGCCAUCUGUUUGGACCCCAAAGCUCGUCGACCCCUGUUCGAGGACGAAAAGAAGAAAAAGUUGCACCUUAACGCACCCAGGUAUCGCAAGUAUCCUGGUAUCCGUGCUCCACGCAACCGCAAGGAACGCAAUCGUCUUUUGAAUGAUUACUUUGCCAAUGAAUAUGCACGUAAAAUUAUGGACAAAUACCGCGAGCGUCAAGCGAAGGGAGAGGGAGACAGCGAUGCAUCACCUAUUGUGCGCCCUGCAUUUGGAAAUCUUCCGCCGUUUUUCUACAAGAUGCUCGACCUUGAUGAAGACGCCCAGACGCGUAUACUUGAACGGUGUGGGGUCGACAUGCGACCAUUCUCAACUCAUGUGCCCAAGGACCCCGAUUCUGGAGAGGCACGCUUUCAAGGCAUGAAUUUGCGUUUGAGGUCAGAGUUGGUGCAUGCACUGAGCAGUGAGUUUCUUACGCGACAGAUUGAUGACUUGGAACGUGCCUUUGCCGCGUUCAUUGCAGAAGAAAAUGUGAAUAAACCAUUGGUGUACAAUUUUCGUGAUGGGUACGGUCGCCUCGUGUGUCACGGUGUUGCAGCGUACUAUAAUCUCGUUUCUGAGUCGCAGCAGCAGCCAGAUGGCUCCAAGAUCACCGUUGUAAGUUGGCCAAAAAGGAAGAAACAUGCCUCUGUGCCACUUACUUUACCCCAUGUUUCACUUAUGAAUAUGCUUCGAAAGAAGCGUGGGGAGAUGCCAAUUGCUUCUGCCAUGUCCACACCGCAGGCCACACCGAAUGCGCUUGCUGCAGACCCGGAUCUUGUGCCCCCAGUAUUCAGCCUGGACGCCACCCCAGUGGAUCAUGCAUUGCCCUCUGGCUUAACUCCUAAUUUGGAGCAAGGCAAUUCAACGGACGAUGGAACUCCUCAUGUUCUUUCAGUUUAUGAGCCACUGUUUGGGGAAUCCACUGAGAGCACGACUACGACAGCCACACAAAAGAAAAAAAUGCGCAAGGCGCUGAAGUUAGCCCAGUAG